AUGCUUGUACGAGCUGCAGGGCGGAAAGCUCGUGGCAACCCAAUUGUCGACAGACUUAAACGGCAACAAACAUACUUUCCUUUCCUAUAUCCAACCAUCAAUUCGAAUCAAGCUGCUGUCUUGUACCGGUAUGUUCACGUCGACCCAGGGUCUCAAGCGACUGGCCUGCGAAAAAGGCGAAAUUCAAGAGAAAACUCUACAAAACCUCCAUCACGGUCAUUAGCAACCGCAGUAGAUCAGACAUUCGAGGAACUUCCCUUCGAGGGAUUUCAAAAUCCACCAUCGAAUAAUUUUGCAUCGUUAUCAAUAAGCCUACCUCAACUUCAAAGUCCGAUCAUAAUCCCAGAUGAUGGCGCUGGAGCUCCCCAAAGGCAUCGACGCGGUAAUUAUGAUGCAGUUGGUGGUACUAGUGAUGAGGUUAUAGCAUUACUCGAUGCUUGUCUGCAGGUCGGAAGGAUCGAGCGUGCAAGUGUGAUAUUAAAACGCAUAAUACAAAUGCCAGAGAUCUCCGGGGAAACACUCUUAAAAUUACAUAACCGGUACCUACGAGCCGCAGUCCAGGAGAUGAUGAUGAAACCUUCGGAGAAAGCAACACAAUUCUUACAUGAGUGGUUCGAACUCGAAGUACGAAAUAAGAAUCUUCCACAAGAUGCAUUGACUGUGGCAUACAUGCUGAAAGCUUCACUUCAAUCUCCUCCGGGUCAGCGACGCGGUAGACUGGUAACAAGAUAUAUGGAUAUGGUUCAAGGAGACGCUGGCUUAGAGGUUCUAGCAUCCAAUGUUCUGAAUGCCGAAGAAUUAAAUAUUAUCAACCAUAUUUGUCCCACGUACAACUUGGCAGAGGGACUUGGAGACCUUGAGGAUAUCCUUGUCUCCGAGACAUCCUCAACCGUAGCGGCCAAUUCAGACGGAGUUCUACAGUACGCCGAAAAAAUGAAUGCACCUGUUCCUGAAGUUCGCCAAACCGAACAAAAAGGUCUCGGACUGAAGUCAUUGAGGAAAACGUUGUCGCUCUUUUCGACUUUACCAUCUGCAGGGUUUGACAUGUCAAAAAUGAGCGAGGAACAACAUCGUGUUAUCCAGACACAACUGGAAGAAGACGCUGUACAGGCUGCCAUAGAUCGUUGGAGAGACGAGAGCUCGAAUCUGGUCAAAAUGGGAUUAAAUACAGCACUACAAUCAAAAUCGUUGGGUGCGAGAAUGUGGAAAUGGCAUGUAGUUCUGACAGAAGCCUUAAACGAAGAAAUGAGAGCCAUCGAUGAGGCAGAGUCGAAGACGAAUAGAUCCGGAGCAGACAUCAGUAGAUGCGAAUAUGGGCCCUUUUUGCGCUACCUCCCUGCCGAAAAGCUCUCAGCGCUGACAAUUAUAGCCCAUAUGCAUGCUUUAACAUCGUCAGGAAUUGACAAAGGACUCACUCUAUCAUUUGCUAUCUUGCAAAUUGCCAAAAGUGUAGAAGACGAGAGCAUCUUUGAAUCACUCCAGCAAAAUAAGCACAAGCCCAUUUGGCGCGACAGCAUAGUCGAAAGAACGCGAAUGCUCCGAAUCCUCAAAAGUAAAGCCCGCGGCGCUAGUGUGGAGUCGGUAGAUACCGACGAACCUACAGCGUACUCCCCCGAAGCUGCAAUUUCUUCACAUAUUCGUGAAAGAGAAUGGUCCAUAGGGAUCAAAGCCCGUGUUGGAUCUUUCUUGUUAGAAUCAUUAUUGAAGAUUGCUAAAGUUCCAGUUACAAUGCAACAUCCUGACACUAAUGAGAUUGUUACUCAGAUGCAACCAGCUUUUUCUCAUGCGCAGCAAUACAGGUUGGGUAAGAAGCUUGGUGUUAUCAAUGCCAACAAAGUCGUUGUCGAACAACUCAAACGCGAGCCUGUUCACAGUCUUCUUGCAAAACAUCUUCCCAUGCUUGUGAAGCCUGAGCCAUGGGUUGGGUUCAAUUCUGGUGGCUUUCUUAGACACCCUGGAAGAGUGAUGCGCGUCAAGAACGGAGAUAAAGAUCAAAGAAAUUACACAGAUGCUGCUAUUGAUCAGGGGAAUUUGGCAGUAGUCUUCAGAGGCCUUAACAUACUGGGAGAGCAAUCAUGGAGAAUCAACCAGCCAGUUUUUGAUGUCAUGCUAAGUGCCUGGAAUUCUGGGGACGCAAUUGCAAACCUUGCUCCCUUUAAACCAAAAAUCGAAUACCCCCCCGAGCCCGAAAAAUCUUCCGAUCCACUCGAACGCCGAAGGUGGAUUACUGCGGUCAAGAAGGUAGAGAACGCCAAAGGAGGUUUCCAUUCUCAACGUUGUUUCCAAAACUUUCAACUAGAAAUUGCUAGGGCUUUACGCGAUAAAACUUUCUACUUCCCACACAAUGUGGACUUUCGUGGAAGGGCCUAUCCUAUUCCCCCAUACCUCAACCAUAUGGGAGCAGACCAUUGUCGAGGACUUAUGAUGUUCGGAGUUGGGAAGGAACUUGGCCCCUCUGGGUUAAAGUGGCUCAAGGUUCACCUCGCCAACGUUUACGGUUUUGACAAAGCAAGUCUCACAGAGAGAGAAGAAUUCACGAGCAGAAAUAUCGACGAAAUCUACGACUCGGCAACAAACCCGUUAGAAGGCAAAAAAUGGUGGCUUAAGGCAGAAGAUCCAUGGCAAUGUUUAGCAGCAUGCAUGGAAUUUAAGAACGCGCUUGAAUCUGGAGAUCCAGCUACUUUCGUCUCAUAUCUACCCGUUCAUCAGGAUGGUACCUGUAAUGGCCUUCAACAUUACGCAGCCUUAGGCGGUGACGUAUGGGGUGCCCAGCAAGUAAACCUCGAGCCUGGCGAUCGCCCAGCAGAUGUUUAUACUGCAGUUGCAGAUCUCGUAAAGGAUAGCAUCGCAAAAGAUUUGCUUGCCGACCAUCCCAAAGCCAAGAUUCUGGAUGGAAAAAUAACUCGAAAAGUUGUCAAACAAACUGUUAUGACUAAUGUCUACGGCGUUACCUUUAUAGGAGCUAAAGCACAGGUUCGUAAACAACUCGUGGCAGCUCAUAAGGACUUGCCAGACAAUGAAGAAGAUAAUCCUGGCACUCUAGCUUCGUACGUCGUCACCAAAAUCUUCACCGCUCUCUCAACCAUGUUUCGGGGGGCUCACGACAUUCAAUACUGGCUUGGAGAUUGUGCUAGUCGAAUCUCAAGUAGUUUAACACCUGAGCAAGUUGACCGCAUGGUUGAAUAUAGCACUGUACAAGGGCAACAGUCUAAAAGUGACGUACCUACUUUGGACGAGUUAUCUCAAUUUAAGUCUAGUGUAAUCUGGACGACACCGUUGAACAUGCCAGUGGUUCAACCUUACCGAACCCACAAAACACGACAAGUCUACACGAACCUUCAAACUCUCAGCUUGUCUGAACCACAUCGAUCGGAUCCUGUCAGCAGCCGUAAACAGCUCCAAGGGUUUCCACCCAAUUUCAUUCACUCUCUUGACGCAACACAUAUGCUUCUCUCAGCAGUGAAAAGUAAUGAAUCGAAUUUAUCAUUUGCUGCCGUCCACGAUUCGUUUUGGACACACGCAGCUGAUGUUGAUACAAUGAAUACCAUCUUGAGAGAUGCUUUUAUCGAAAUCCACAGUGACGAUGUCAUCGGACGUCUGGCAGCAGAAAUGACUGCUCGGUACGAGAAUUACAUGCAACUUGUGAAAGUCAAGCCAGGAUCGCUAGCAUAUAAAAAAAUGGCUCAAUAUCGCAAGUCUCUCAAGCCUUCUGAGAGACAGAAAAAUGUCGACCUGUUGAGGGAGGUCAAAAGGCUGCGUCUUCUUCGUUCAUCCAACCCAGAAGAAGUAAAAGAAGGGAAGGACAUGAUUACAGCAGCCAGCAUAUACGAAUUAAUGUCGGAAGAAGUCGAGCUUGAUCCGGAUGUAGAUGUCAAAACCGUGGGUUUAGGAAACAUGGUCAACUCAAGGUCAGCUACAGAGCAUGAUAAUAUCAGCAGUUGGGAUACUGGUGCCACAGAAGAAGCUUUGGAAGAUGCUUUGGAGGGCAAUCCAUCGGUUGAAUCGGAGGCUGCGGUUGCAGAAGAGGUAGAAGAGGCAGAAGAGACAGAAGAGACAGAAGUAGCAAAAUCUGGUUUCGAGGGAGUCGUGAAGGCGAAGCGUGGGCGGGGGCUUCCUUCAAGAAAAUAUACCCUUUUGGUUUGGCUUCCAUUGAAGUUCGCUCCCGUUCCGAAGAAGGGGGCUUUCGAUGUGUCACGCCUUAAGCAAAGUCAAUACUUCUUCUCUUAG